AGGCGCGUUGUACUUCCGGACCUUGUUGUUGAUAGCGUUGUCCAGGGGCAGAUGAGGUGGCUUCAGCUCGGCCACUGUGGACUGGACAUACCCUUCAUAGACAGCCGGAUGUUACGCGUAGCCAAGUAAAACCAUCUUCUUCCCAGCUGACUACUUCGCUCUCAUCCGUCCAAGUUCCGCCCAUACGUACGAGAGCACAGGACAGACUCACCCAGCAUGGCCACCAGUCUUCCCAAACUGACUCGCGAUGCUGAGCUUGAAACGCUUUCUUCUCGCGCGGCCGAGAAUGUCCGCGACCCAGAUCAUUGGGCUCCGCUGCUGAAAGCGCUCUCAAACCCAUGGAGCCGGACAAAUACCACCGGCACUAUCAUCCUGGGCAUAGCAGAGAACACGCUGAUGCACCAGGAGCUUGCCGAGCACAUUACUUCCCACUUCACAGUGUCUCCACCAGAGCAUUUGACCUAUGGUAACGGCCCCCAGGGCUCGCCUCGUCUCCGGAAAGCCCUGGCGAGCUUCUUUAACGCCAGAUUCGAACCUCUGCAACAGACGAAGGCGGAAGAGUUCAUCGUUACGGCUGGCGUGAGUGCCGUCAUCGACGAGCUAACGUGGUGUCUGUGCAGCGAAGGCGAGGGCAUUCUGUUCCCAAGACCGCUGUAUACGGGCUUUAGAAACGAUCUGCCUAUUCGGAGCCGAGGGAAGGUUGUGCCUGUGAGCUUUCGGAGGGAGGAUGGCGGUGUCGUGCUUGAUGACCUCUUUGAUGCGGAGGCUAACCUAAGAUGCCUCGAAAGAGGCUUGAGUGAGGCGGAAAAGGAAGGGACGAAGAUCAAGGCGGUGAUGAUUACGAACCCGCAUAACCCGCUUGGAAAGUGCUACCCGCCUGCUACCAUCAAAGCCAUAGCCUCCUUUUGCGCCAAACACAACCUGCACUACCUGAGCGAUGAGAUAUAUGCAAUGUCAACGUGGCGCAACCCGAAUUUUCCAGACGCAACGCACUUCCACUCCGUUCUGUCGGUAGAACUAAGCCAUAUUAUCCGGCCAGAGAUGGUUCACGUGCUCUACGGAGCAGCGAAGGACUUUUGUGCCAACGGUCUACGGCUGGGCGUGUUACAUACGCGAAGCGAGACACUGAGGCGAGCUAUGAUAACAAUUGCAACAUUCGCCUGGGAAGCGUACCUCAUCCAGGAUUGCUGGGCACGCAUACUGGAAGAUGAUAAGUGGCUAAAGCAAUUCCUCACUGAGAGCCAAAAACGGCUGUCAACUAACUAUGGCACCUUGACAAGCUUCCUGGAUCAACACUCGAUACCCUACUACAAGGGCGGCAACGCUGCAAUCUUCUUGUGGGUGGAUCUGCGGCGCUGGAAGACGGAAGACGCCAUCACCGAAGAAUGCCUUAAAGCGGGUGUUAUGGUCGCAAAGGGCACCAACUUCGUACCCGAGGAGCUCGGCUGGUUUCGGCUCACGUUCUCUACGCAGAAGGAAGUUUUAGAAGAGGGAUUACGAAGGUUGACUGAAAGCUUGAAGAAGUUCGAUGGGUAG